AUGCAAGCUCCUCUACCUGUUAUUGUGAAGCGGUUGGCUUCCACGCCGCCGGAAAUCGUCUGCGAGAUACUGAACGACUUGCGAAUAUGGGACGUCCUCCGUCUGAUUUGUUACAGUGACCCAAGAAUAAACAAUGCUGUUCUUCUCAAUCGCUGGUACGGCGAGAUUUUCGAACAGAACAUCGACCUCUUACUUGCCAUGCGUGAGGUUGUACAACUGUACUCGGACUUUGGGCGUGAAAUGCGCUGGAAACUUGCCCCUCUGGAUUCACCGCUGGCACUUUUAACGGGAACUCCUUCCGACAUAGGACGCCAUCUUUACAGGAGGAAUAUAGCCAUGUCCGAAAGACUAGUAUCCUCGAGUUCAGCGACCCGGGGGUAUCCUGCAUUGCCGAUACAGAAGGAUGGCGAGAACCAGUACUAUAUUAUCAUCAACGAAUACAUGAAAUUGAAAAUUGCGCUACAUCUACACGGGCUUUCCAAUCGACGGUUUAAAUUUCUGCCUCUCUAUUACGACAAGUCUAACCCUUUGCCACCUGAAUCGACUGAUUACACAUUGGAUGGAAUAAAACGGCGAUGGCACACUUUACGAAACUCACAGAGAAAUCUGGUGGAGCACAGAAUUAGACAAGUGACACGUGCUGCUGAUUUGUUUGAAUCCAAUCCUGAUAUUCUCAAACUGGCUUCAGAUCCUGGGCAGCACCAACGGAAAAAUAUAGCGCAUAUCAUCGGCGGAAUGAGGAGAAUAAUGCAACAAAUGUCAGACAAUAGCAUGAUUCGAGGAGACAGCAAUUCUGGAGGACGUUAUUUCUUUGUGUAUUUUCCCGUUGUUCCGUUUGAUGCAAGCCUCCGGCUUCUGCUGAAGAAACUCAAGGCUCGUCACGAGCGCACUCAGAGUAGAACAGAAGAGGAUGACUCAAUUAAAAUACUCCUGGCUGGCCUCAGCUCGAUAUAUACGGCCCCUGAAAAAUGGCAAUGGUCCGAGGAUACUGAACAGCCGUGGAAACGACGAAGAGACAUAGCCAUAACUCACCCAGAACGAAUUCCUAGAGUUAUGUACAAAAGCCAGCCUUACAACGCGCAACAUAAUCCAUACACGUCAGAUCUUGAUUUUGAGCAAUUGAAAUUUGUUUCAGGAUACACAAAGUUUUACCGGUUUCUUCCCAAUGCGCAAAGGGAGGAAUACACGGGAAAUCGAGAAGCAUCGUGGGACACACACGACGACAGAGAAGUGGAAUGGUUAGAGGCGUUUGUCAAAGUAUACAGAUCCGUUUAUGGAGACUAG